AUGCGCUUCCUUUGCCUCCAUGGGCGCGGAACCAGCGCCCACAUUUUCAAGUCCCAAACUGCAUCAUUCCGACUCAAGCUCGAAUCUCUUGCACCCGAUACAACCUUUGAAUUUAUAGAUGCGCCAUUCGAGUCUGACCCUGCUCCAGAUGUAGUGCCCUUCUACUCGGCUCCGUACUACACUUUCUGGCAAGGUAGUUCAGUCCCAGCUAUCAAAGCCGCUCUCGAACGAUUACAAGCCAAAUUAGACCGCGAUGGUCCCUACAACGGUGUACUCUGCUUUUCGCAAGGAUGCAGUCUAGUUGCCAGCUACCUUCUUUACCACGAACGCACACGCCCAAACACACCACCACCUUUCCGAUUGGCCGUGUUUAUCUGCGGCGGUGUGCCCUUGCCAGUUCUUGAAGACUUGGGUCUUCCAAUUUCUUCAGAAGCACAACAAUGGGAUGACGAAACGAGGCGCCUCCUUCUAUCCAAGACUACCGAUCAUAGUUGGUUGAAGCGAAAAAAUGGGACCGGUCUCGGUGCAGCCACCGAUCGAUGGGCUCCAGUGCCGGGUACUUGUCCCGUCAUCCGGGGCCUAGAACGUCAAACAAGCAUUUUUGGGCUGGAUUUGACAGUCAAGCCGGCUGAUAUGAGAAUUCGCAUUCCUACUAUCCAUAUUUGUGGGUCGAAGGACCCGCGCUUCCCUGCUGCGGUGCAGUUGCAUGCUUUAUGUGAGGAGGAGGCGCCGUUGUGGGAUCAUGGCGGUGGGCAUGAUAUUCCCCGAGGAAAGGAGACAUCUCAGCGUAUUGCAGAGUUGUUGGUUAAAGGGAUGAGUCGGGGAGAGGAAUGGGUGCAUCCUGCCGUUGGCGGGCUAGCAUAG